AUGGACCGUCUUGGUGUUGUGCCUGGUGUGGCACUAGCUACGGCUUCAGUGUCGGUGGUGGCGGCUGGACUCACGUGGCUCGUCACCAAUUUCGAGCUCAAGCGGCGGACAGCAAAGGGCGCCGCUGGCGGCGAUGGCGGUGACGGCGGUGAUGGCGCUGGCGCAGGGCCUGGUGUCGGAGCAGUGGCGUUUGAUGGAGACGUUGCAGGUUCGAGUGAUGCCAUGAUUGAGACUGUGGUCGAGACUGCGGCCGAGACAGCGGCCGAGAUCGAGGCGGAGACCGAGACCGAGACCGAGGCCGAGACCGAGAUCGAAGACGAUGAAGAGGACGAUGAAGAGUAUGACGACGACGAGUACGGAUCCGAGUACGCCGAAGAGCACAAGAUGGUGCUGGUCGUCAACGCGUCCCUCAAGAUGAAGCCGGGCAAGGUGGCGGCACAGUGCGUGCAUGCGGCGCUGGGCGCGGCCCGGGAGGCGCCCGAGGCCAUUGUCCACGAAUGGGAGGACGAUGGCGAAAAGGUGGUUGUCCUCCGCGCUGUCGAUGAGAGUGUACUGGCAGAGACCGUGGCCAAGGCCGAGGCGGCCGAGGUCGAGCUGACAGUGUUCCAGUUUGAGGAUGCCGGGCGAACGCAGGUAGCCGCCGGCUCGACGACGGUCAUCGCUUUCGGCCCUGCGCCCGAGUCGUGGUUCGAUGGCGUCACCAACACACUCCCGCUCUACCGCUGAGUGUACCGUGUUUAUGCCUUAGCCUUGGCCUUGGCUGCCUCGGACGCCGCAACUAGGGAAGCGAUGGUGGUGCGGAUGGAGUCCUGCCGGUUGGCGUCGGUGACAAUGACGAGCAACGCGUCGCGGAGGGUGUUCAGGACAGCCUUGCGGCGGUUCCACGAGUCCGGAACGGGCGGAUCGGUGCGGAACGUGUCACGCGAUGAGAGAAUGAGCUGCUGACCUGAUGAGAGGAUGGCCUCGUACGCCUCGUCGAGCUUCUUGAGCUCGUCGGGCGUGUAUUCCGCAGGCGCGUUUGCAGGGCAAGCAGCCGCAGUGUCUGCG